AUGGCCAAGCGCCCCCGAGGCCUCGAGCUCCACCGGCUGGUGCACGACAAGCCGCUGGAGCGCAGGAGAGCAUCCCCUCCCCGCCACGGCGCCCUAGAGCAGCUGCCCAAUGUCCCCAGCUACCGAGCCACCGCUGCCUCCCACAUCCCCGUCCUCAUCUCCAGAAAGCCCACGGCUGGCGUCGUCAACCCCAAUUUUGCCGAUGAGGAGCAGUCCCCUGCCCACCCCCUAGGGCCGAGCCAAUGCCCAGCCAUAAACAUCAAGGACGUGGAUGGCCUGGCGGAUGCUCUGGAGAGCGAGGCCGGGUACGUGCAGGGGCUGGCACCAAGCCCCAGGCACGUGCUGGCGGUGCCCAGCGUGGCCGUGGCUUCCRCCAGGAGGCAGGUGCUGGCCCCAGAAGACACCCUGUACGAGGCCCCUCCGACCUCAGCAAGUCAAUCUCCCGUGCGAACACGGCCUGGCCACGACAAUGAGGAGAGAGACAAUCUGCCAGAACGCAUUGGUUCAGCCACAAGCCAGAGCAGUGCAGUUAUCAAUGACAGGCUCCAGGAGUUGGUGAAGCUCUUUAAAGAGAGGACUGAGAAGGUGAAAGAGAAGCUGACAGACCCCGAUGUCACGUCUGACGACGAGACCCCUGUGGCAUCCCCUUCCAAGCAAGCCCCUGCGGAAGCGCCGCCGCCUCCCCCGGGACAGGAGCCGGAGGCGGCCAAAGCAGCAGAGGACGAGCAUUACUGCGAGAUGCUGUGCUGCACGUUCAAGUAUCGACCCUGGCUGGACCGUGUGAAAAGCUACCAGUUCCCAAGCAGUAUAGACCCACUCACGAACCUGAUGUAUGUGCUGUGGCUCUUCUUCGUGGUCCUGGCCUGGAACUGGAACUGCUGGCUCAUUCCUGUCCGCUGGGCCUUUCCCUACCAGACCCCGGGAAAUAUCCACUACUGGCUGCUCAUGGACUAUCUCUGYGACCUCAUCUACCUCCUAGACAUCGUAAUCUUUCAGAUCCGUCUCCAGUUUGUCCGUGGGGGAGAUAUAAUAAGUGACAAAAAAGCAAUGAAGGAGAACUACCUGAAAUCAAAACGCUUUAAGAUGGACGUGGUGUGUCUCCUUCCGCUGGAUUUCUUGUACUUCAAAGUCGGGGUCAAUCCACUCCUGCGCUUCCCUCGCUGUCUGAAGUACAUGGCCUUCUUUGAGUUUAAUGACCGUCUCGAGGCUAUYCUGAGCAAGGCGUACAUCUACAGAGUGAUUCGGACCACUGCCUACCUGCUCUACAGCUUGCAUGUGAACUCCUGCCUCUAUUACUGGGCAUCAGCAUACGAAGGACUGGGCUCCACCACCUGGGUCUAUGAUGGGGAAGGAAACAGUUACAUCCGCUGUUAUUACUGGGCAGUCAAAACCCUCAUCACCAUCGGGGGCUUGCCAGACCCCAAGACGCUGUUUGAGAUCGUCUUUCAGCUGCUGAACUAUUUCACGGGUGUCUUUGCUUUCUCCGUCAUGAUAGGCCAGAUGAGAGACGUGGUGGGCGCCGCUACUGCAGGGCAGACGUACUAUCGGAGCUGCAUGGACAGUACCAUUAAAUAUAUGAACUUCUACAAAAUCCCCCGAGCUGUUCAGAACCGAGUCAAAACGUGGUACGAGUACACCUGGCACUCGCAAGGCAUGYUAGAUGAGUCAGAGCUGCUGGUGCAGCUGCCGGACAAGAUGAGGUUGGACAUUGCCAUCGACGUGAACUACAGCAUCGUGAGCAAAGUGGCGCUUUUCCAGGGCUGUGACAGGCAGAUGAUCUUUGACAUGCUGAAGCGACUCCGCUCCGUCGUCUACCUCCCCAACGACUUUGUGUGCAAGAAGGGAGAAAUCGGCCGCGAGAUGUACAUCAUCCAAGCAGGCCAAGUGCAGGUGCUUGGCGGAGCCGACGGCAAAACCGUGCUGGUCACGCUGAAAGCGGGGUCUGUGUUUGGAGAAAUAAGCUUGCUGGCGGCCGGCGGCGGGAACCGGCGCACGGCCAACGUGGUGGCGCACGGCUUUGCAAAUCUGUUCAUUUUGGACAAGAAAGACCUGAACGAAAUUCUAGUGCAUUACCCGGAGUCACAAAAGCUGCUGCGGCGGAAAGCAAAGAAAAUGCUGAGAAACAACAGCAAACCCAAAGAUGACAAAGGAGGGCCCGAAGACUCCGUCAUCAUCCCUCCGAGACCCAGCACGCCCAAACUCUUCCAGGCUGCCCUGGCUGCCGCGGGGAAGGUGGGAAGCAAAGGGAGACUCGCACACCUCCGUUGGAAGCUCAAGGAGCUGAAAGCAAUGCAGGCCAUACAGGAUCCCAGCUUCAGUCCAAUUCCGCCCAAAUCACCAGUACACCGGCGAUCACCCACAGCCUCCCCCAAAGCCGAGACCCCAAAGGGGGAAGAAGUCAUCGCGACGUCUUCGGACAAUUUAGUUGCCAUUCGGAUGAUUUCUGCCCCGCAAGAGGAUGAGGAGAUCCUUUCUGCUGAGAUUUCGGAGAAGGAAGAAGAAAUGAAAAACGAGCAAAUUCCAGGGUAG